AUGUAUCGUAUGUGGCGUAAAGUGGGGAGGAGGGUCGUGAUUGUGGGGGGUGGCGGUAAUUCGGCCACCCCCCAAGGUGCACAGCAGGGCAGCAACCUGGUGUAUCGCGUGGUGAGCUCGAGGCAUCCUGGAAGCGGGCAUCAUCCGCACGUGAAAAAGUCGGAUAGCUCCCAGCAAACCGACAACUCGGCGUUCAAGCAUCAGCAGCAACCGGGUUUGAAUAGCAGCUCGGCGACGAACAGCAGCUCGAACAGCCAGCAAUGGAAAAAAUAUAUCGAGGCUGGAGCCGCGAGGGAUCGGGAGAGAGACAAGGAGGGCGCUCCUCCGAGUCCUAGUCCCUCCAGGCGAUCUCAGGACAAACAUCGGAAACAGGCCAUGGCUGAAUAUGCGAACGGCGAAAAACCGCAGAAAGUUUCGUCAGGAACGUCGACCAGCGGCAGCGGGAAAGUUAGGGGCGUGCCUCAAAGUUUCGGUUAUGUGAAGAGGCACAGCGCCGGCACCAGCCCGAGCCCAAACGGAGUUCAAAAUGGUGGCAAGGAUUCGACGAGAACCGCCCAAGUUAGCGCUGUUCCAAGGACCAAGGUUAAAGUAUCGGGCGGCACGCAAACGUGUACCACCGAGCUUCAAGCCAACUCCUCGGCGCCUAACCAGGGCCACCAUUAUAAGAGCUACAGCCUGACCGGGCCGAGCGCGAGCCAACUAUCUCAAUCGGUGCGUGAUCGGCUUAUGCUCGGCUCGCAGAGCCUGCCCAAACCUGGAAGCCCAGAAUUCACCGCGUUAUUCGCGUCUGCGCAUCAUCGCGAGCGGGGGUCGGGCGCGGGGCCUACCGCCACCUCCUUCUCGCCACGGGUUCUCAAACCGUCUGAUGGAAGUCUAAGCGACACGUGCAGCAAUUACGCAGCCCCUGAUCUCCAAGGAUAUUACACUCCCAACAGCCCGUACACAACGUCCUGGAUGAGACACAGCAACACGUACACGCCCACGAAAUCGAGUAAUUUAAUUUAUGUUGUGUUACUAUUUUCUUUCGAUAUAGGAAUGGGAUUGUGCGAAGCGGACAGCGUAGAGUCUUUGGGCUCGCAUCGGGCAAGUUUGACUCACGCUCGUUUGUUGAUACAUCAAAGAGACUCGACGGGAUCCCCAGCCCCACCACGGCUCAACAGAAGCAAUUCCAUUAGCCAUCUGCGGGACAGGACAUUCCCAAGAUCCACGAAAAGUGAAAAAAUGUAUCCGUCAAUGUUAGUUAGAGGAAGUGGUGCCUCAUCCUCCGUUGGCGAGGAGGUCGGAGUCGGGAUAGGGAUGAGCGUAGGCGUUGAACCGUAUUACAGCGUUCCCGUAGGAUCUACCGGGUGUACCGGCCAGCACUGGUCUCAACCGACCUCUCCAACGCCCACGCACACUUCUCGCCAACCGCCCAAUCUUUACCAACACGUGCACAAGGAUGAUGAUAUCCAUGGUUCUUCUGUAUCUUUGGUAUCGACAGCAAGCAGUCUAUACAGUUCAGCCGAGGAGAAACAGGCACACGAGCUGAGAAAAUUACGACGGGAACUCGUAGACGCCCAAGAGAAGGUCCACUCGUUGACAAGCCAGUUAUCGACCAACGCUCAUGUGGUGUCGGCUUUCGAGCAAUCGUUGUCAAACAUGACACAACGUUUGCAACAACUGACAGCAACAGCCGAAAAGAAAGACUCGGAGCUUCAAGAAUUGAGAGAAACGAUCGAGAGGCUUCGAAAACAGAGCGCCGAGGCCAGUUUAAAUAAUGGGACAACGGGCGCGAACAAUGGUCGCCGUCACACACUCGGCGAUUCCGAUUCCGCGACGACAGGAUGCACUGGAAACAAUAACCAUCAAGGUGCCUCGAUGGCGAGACAAUUGUCCGCGGACAGCGUCACCUCGUUGAAUUCGUUGAGCAGCGCAUGCUCGGCGAGCAGUCAUCACAAGAAGAAAGGUUGGCUACGUAGCUCUUUCUCGAAAGCUUUCUCGAGAUCACGGAAAAAUAGACACGGCUCAGUGUCCGACGCCGAAGAUUGCAAGGAGAACGCCAGUGGAGAUUUGAGCGCGCCGAACAGUCCUAGAUUGCCUAGCGCCUCUAAACACGAGUCUUCGCGAAGUGGUCAAAAUGGUAGAAGCAACGGACAGAAAUCCCCUGAGGUUGAAAAUCCAUUGACGGGAAGCAAAAGUAGUUCGGCUUUGUACAAGAAAGAGGACGAGGACGUGGUGGAAUUGAAGAAACAACUCAGAGAAAAGGAUCUCGUGUUGACGGAUAUCAGACUCGAGGCUUUAUCUUCGGCGCAUCAAUUGGAAUCGUUGAAAGACACUGUGAUCAAAAUGAGGAACGAGAUGCUUAAUUUAAAACAAAAUAACGAACGUCUACAGAGACUGGUGACGUCAAAAUCCUUAACAUCGUCUCAAUCAUCGUUACCUAGCGAUCCAGAUAGACGUUUCAGUAUGACAGAAGUGGCCUCCACUGUUGCCGCGCUUUCAAAUGGCGAUACUAGUACGACAACUGACCAAUUAGAAGAUUUAAAUGUACCGGAACAUUCAGUGGUACCAUCGACCACCUCGACUACAGGAGAGCCAACUUUGGAACAAGAUACGGAUGGGAAAAGAAUUAACGUCGCUAUUUACCUAGGCAGUGAGAAAAAUUUCAACUAUAAUCUCGUAACUGGAAGUACUUCGGAUGGUAGUAUCGGUGAACCUCCUCAUUGUGUUAUCGCGAAUGUUUGCAUCAGUAAUAAAACUACCUGGGAUUCUCUUGAUUCCACUGUAAGGCGUUGUUUCAAGGAAUACGUUUCGAGAGUUGAUCCCGUGACAAAUUUGGGCUUAGGAGUUGAAUGCGUUGCUGCUUAUCAUCUCGGAGAAGCUUCGAGAUGCACUACAGAUUCUCAACAUCCAGAAUUGCUCCCUUGCGGCUACUUAAUCGGUCACGUAAAGACCAUUUAUUUGGUACUUUCUGGUUAUUCGUGGCUCGCUGUCGAUACUUUAAUACCACGAUCGAUUGUGCAGCGAUUAAUAUCUUUGUUAACUGAACAUCGUAGAGUUAUUUUAUGUGGACCUAGUGGUACUGGCAAGAGUUAUUUGGCUGGAAAAUUAGCUCAUGCAUUGGUGGAUGCCGAUAAUGAUACAAAAGAUGCUACAGCUGUAGCCACGUUCAACGUGGAUCACAAAUCCAGCAAAGAACUUAGACAAUAUCUCGCCCAUAUCGCCGAAAGAUGUGAUUCGAAUGCAGCUGAUGAAUUACCAAGGGUAAUCAUUCUUGAAAAUUUACAACACGCUGCAUCUUUAGGAGAAUUAUUCAGUGGCUUGCUCGGUACUAGACACUCAUCUUGUCCAGCUAUUAUUGGCACCAUGAGUCAGGCUACUUGUAGUACCACGAAUCUUCAAUUGCAUCACAAUUUUAGGUGGGUACUUUGUGCUAAUCAUAUGGAACCAGUUAAAGGAUUUUUAGGCCGCUAUCUCAGAAGGAAACUGCUGGAACACGAAUUACGCGAAUGUGGUGGAACUAGAAACGCAGAAAUGGCAGCAGUUGUCGAAUGGUUACCCCGGGUUUGGCUACAUCUUAACAAGUUCCUAGAAAGUCAUAGCAGUUCCGAUGUCACAAUAGGACCUCGACUAUUUCUAUCCUGUCCGAUGGAAGUAACAGGUUCUCAAGUAUGGUUUACGGACUUAUGGAACUAUUCUGUAGUACCAUAUCUGGUGGAAGCAGUUAGAGAAGGAUUGACACUUUACGGCAGACGCGUUAGCGGAAAUGGAAAUGGAGAUUCUUCUUGGGAAGAUCCAGCUCAAUUUAUCACUUCCAGUUAUCCUUGGAUUUCUACGCAUGCUGUACACGGUGGUAGUGAUGCUCUACUUCGUUUAAGACCAGAAGAUGUUGGUUACGAUGUUGUCACGUCCGGACACACUUCUGGAGUUGGUGCGUCAAGCGUGAAAAGUCUUGGUAGCACGCAUAGCGACACUGAAGGAGAUCCUCUACUGAAUAUGUUGAUGAGAUUACAGGAAGCAGCCAAUUAUUCGAGUCCUCAUAGCAACGACAGUGAUUCGGUUACUUCCCUUGAUUCAUCGCACACUCGACAUUCGGAAGACUUAAGUUCAUCAACAUCUUCGUCAAGAGGCGUAGAAUCGGCACUUUAAUUAGCAAUGCUAUUGUCAUUAAGAAAAAUGAAAUACAACCUGAAUAUGAAUAUCUAUGAAUAUAAUCGUAUAAGGCCAGUUUGUAAUGUUCCAUUUUAAAAAUAACGAUUUGCGUAUGAGAGUAUCUGAGAAAAAUCUGAAGAAAAAAAGAAACGAAAAAAAAUCAAAAAUAAAUUUUGGAUAUCUUUAUGAUAUAAAUCUUUUCUUUUUAACGUUUUAUGACAAAAAUAUCAAACAAACAUUAAACAGCCAAGCUACAAAGACUAAGAUAUUUUCAGCAAUGCGUGAUAGGAUGCUCUUUAUAUAAAAUACGUCCUUCCAUUUGUUUUUACGUAAAGCAAUGAUGUGCAUUUAAAAAAAUGAAAUUAAAAAUGUCGAGAAAAAUUUUUUAAUGCCUACAGCUGGCCUAUAUUUAUUCUAGUUUUUAUGUGCGCCAUGCACUUUGGUGUGAUAUGUAAUUAAAUAAGUAAGAGAUAAACAAGCGAUAUUUCUAUGUUCUUUGGAUAUAAUGACGUAUAAAUAUGUACGUCAUCACGCAAUGCAAUAAUCUACGCUGCCGUUAUGGAAGUACGAGUCUAUUUUAAACAAAUACAUUUCUAUGAUUAAAUCAAGUACGAUUAAGUGUAGCUUAAUGCGACUUUACUCGAGAAAUUUUGAUGGAAUAUACAGUAUUAUUAUAGGGAGUAAAAUAAAAGGGCUUCGAACUGAGCCAAGAUUUAGGAUCGAGGAACCGUCGUUCCUUUCGUCCAUUACUUUCAGGUAAAAUAGCUUAUCAUAUGCGAUAUACAGAUCUCAUGGACGGACCGCUCAAUGGAGUAUUGUUUCGCCUUCAGAAAUAUAGCACAGUUCGAAGUGGGUACUGAUGAAUGUGCGUGCAAAAAUAGUCUAUUUAUACAUACUUUGCUACAAAAGUUCUAUUUAAUUAAAGAAUGUUAAUAUAAUAUAUAUAUAUAUAUAUAAUAUAACGUAAUAUAUAUAUAUAUUAUAUAUAUACAUAUACACAAUCUAACGAUGGCGCUAAAUUUAUGUUACGAAUAAAAUUUAUAAUUAGCUAGUAAGAUACGUGAGUAAUUCUGGUCAUGUAACAUUGUAAAUACAAAAGACAAAUGAAAUGUACGAUGACGCUAGAUACAAAUUUGAUUCAAAAUCCCAUAGUAGCCUGCAAGAUCUCUUUUAAUAAAAUGACGUGUAAAGUGUAUAAAGAAAAAGGGAAAAAGAUGAAAUGCAAAGGAAUUGAAUCCUUCAUGUGCAAUUUGUCAGAUUGUAGCGCAUCAAAAUGAUAAAAAAUAACAGGCUACAUAAAAUAUACAUAGUGUACAUGUUUGAUAAGCCUUGAAGUCGAUUUCAGAGUUUGAUCGAUAUCAUAAUGUCCAUAAAUAUGAUGUGCAUGUAAUAAUUAUACAGUCGCAUUUACAGGUUUUUUACGUUUGUACCGUAUUUAUACGCUGUACGACGCUGCACUGGAUCUUCAUUCAAAUAACGAUAAUUAUCGUGUCAUCAAAUAAAUUACACUAAACUUUA